CGCGCUGACGUCAUCUGUAUAAAGGCCCUCAGCCCCUUUGUUCCUCUUCAGUGCGUCGUUGCAGUCUUGCCGGCGGGGACGAGAUCCCAAACAGUCUCAAAAUGGUUGAAGCAGAUCGGCCUGGGAAGCUGUUCGUUGGUGGAUUGAACAUUGAAACUAACGAGAAAGCUCUUGAAGCUGUCUUUGGCAAAUAUGGCCGUAUAGUUGAAGUUCUUCUUAUGAAAGAUCGUGAAACCAACAAAUCAAGAGGCUUUGCUUUUGUCACCUUUGAGAGCCCAGCAGAUGCUAAGGAUGCAGCCAGAGAUAUGAAUGGAAAGUCUUUAGAUGGAAAAUCCAUUAAAGUUGAACAAGCUACCAAGCCAUCCUUCGAAACUGGUAGACGUGGGCCCCCACCAAGGAGCAGAGGCCCACCAAGGGGCCUUAGAGGUGGAAGAGGCAGCAGUGGAACCCGGGGGCCUCCUUCUAGAGGCAGUCAUUUAGGUUCUUCUAGAGGCCCUCUCCCAAUGAAAAGGGGUCCACCUCCCCGGAGCGGGGGCCCACCACCUAAAAGACCUGCACCAUCUGGACCCGUGCGGAGCAGUAGCGGGAUGGGUGGUAGAGCACCCCUGUCGCGUGGCAGAGACAGCUAUGGGGGACCUCCACGAAGGGAGCCGCUGCCAUCACGAAGGGAUGUCUACUUGUCCCCCAGAGAUGAUGGCUACAGCACUAAAGACAGUUACUCAAGCCGAGAUUAUCCAAGUUCCAGAGACACGAGGGAUUAUGCACCACCUCCAAGGGAUUAUGCCUAUCGUGAUUAUGGACACUCCAGUUCACGUGAUGAAUAUCCCUCAAGAGGGUACAGUUAUUCCUCCUACAGCGAUCGCGACGGCUACGGAGGACGUGACCGGGAUUACUCGGACCAUCCCAGCGGGGGCUCUUACAGAGAUUCCUAUGAGAGUUAUGGUAACUCACGUAGCGCCCCACCCGCACGAGGGCCCCCGCCAUCAUAUGGUGGAAGCAGUCGCUAUGACGAUUACGGAAGCACCCGAGAUGGGUAUGGCGGAAGUCGCGAGAGUUACUCAAGCAGCCGAAGCGAUGUCUACUCAAGCGGCCGGGACCGGGUGGGAAGACAAGACAGAGGCCUCCCCCCUUCCAUGGAGAGGGGCUACCCUCCUCCGCGCGAUUCUUACAGCAGCUCCAGCCGCGGAGCCCCCAGGGGUGGCGGCCGUGGGGGGAGCCGCUCGGAUAGAGGCGGAGGCCGAAGCCGAUACUAAAACCUUUGACGCUCUUGGACCAAAUCAGUUUUUUCCUCCAACACAAGGAAUGUGGAAGUUCUAUCUUCGUCCCCAGAGGACUACCGAAACGUUGUUUUUAUCUUUUUUUUACUGUUGCUUGUUAAGUUCCCCUCCAUUACUGAUGUUUUUUGUGAGGAAAGAGUAAACAUGUUUAAUUUCAUUUCAAAAUUGUUAAUAUUUCUCUCAAAAAGCAGAUGUUAAUGUAUGACAUUUUGAGCCUAUGUACUAGUGUUGUAACCUUUCGAAGUAAACGUUAACCCUGAAAUGCCA